CGGGAAAUAAAUGGUUAACUUUACCCUCAUCAGUACCUUCUGCCAAAGACGGCGUGUCAUUGGUGGGGACAGCCUUGCUAUCUGUGAUUGGCUCAUCUUCCUGCUCUAGUUAUCGUUGCUAGGUUGGUAGCUAAGCGCGCGGUGACAGCAGAAUAACAGCUGACGAGAAUAACAGAAAUAUUUCAGUUCUAACGGAAUAACGGGAAAACAGCUGCCAACGGACGGUCUACUUUCGGUCUACUGGUAUACGCCGAGUCAUCAUGUCCGCCUCGGGCAGGAAAAGGAAACUGACGGACAUAAGAGGCUAUUUCACCAAGUCAGCGCCACAACAAGACAACAGCUCUGCAGGUCAGCCACACCACAACAGCUCUGCAAACCUAUCUCCACCAGCCAGACAGCCACAACAAGACAACAGCUCUGCAGGUCAAGCACACCACAACAGCUCUGCAAACCUACCUCCACCAGCCAGACAGGAUGCUCCAACAGCAAGUGAGCCGGGUUGUAGUUCAGAUAGAGGACAGCUGGAGUCUCUGAUGGAGUCUCAGGUUCAGUCUCAGGAAACCAUUCCAGGUAGCAUCAGAGAGAGUAGUGAGGGAGACAGCCGUGAAGGAGACAGCCAUGAAGGAGACAGCAGGGAAGGAGACAGCAGUGAAGAGCAGAGUAGUGCAGGGUACAGCCUGGAUAUUCAGUCCAAGCCUAAUCAGCCUCACCCUGAAUGCAUUCCUGUUCAGAAACUUCCUGAGAAAGUCCUCUGUUUCCAGGAACAAUGUUUAGAGAAGAUGGGAGUCAACAAUGCUAAAGCAAAUGGGCUGAGGGACAGAUUUGAGAAGGGGAAAACAGUCCUUGGUCUUAAUUUAGCGCUUGAGGCUUUGAACAAGUCUCUCCAGAAGCGUACUCAGACCGUUGCUGGCAUGAUGAGUGCAAUUGGUUGUGUCAGAGACUCACUAAGGGCCAAUAGGAGUGAGGCGAAAUUCAGGGAGAUCUUAAACAAAACAGAGGAGAUGAUUGAUUCCCUGGGGGAUUGA